AUGCCGGCCGUCGAACCCCCCGUUGUGUCUUCAGAGUCCGGUCUCGUCAAGAUGGAAGACCGGAAAAGGCCUGCCGCGGACAGCAAUGACUCGGCCCCGCCUUUAAAGAAGCAGGCGACCACCGUCAACGGUGGGAGCAAGCCUCACCCAGAUGCGGAUAUGCCGUGGAAAGAUGAUUUGGAGCGUUUCCAAAAGGAUGCGAUCCUGCGCCAACUGCAAGAAUUCAAGCGGGAAAAAGCUGGUUUGGAGUCGCGGGUCAACCAGAUGUCCAAGGCUGCUGCCUAUCAUGACAGCCACCUCCGUGCUAUUGAUGCCUGGUUCAGUCAAUUGAUUGACGAGGUGAAAACAAUUCUAGGAUCCUCACAGGAAGCGCUCAAAGAACCGGUGUUCAAAAGCUCGCUUCAAUUCGAAGAUGUCGAAGAAUUUGAGGGGCAUCUGAAGUCAAGGACGGAUGACAUUCGCGAAAUCAUUUCUUAUUUUCAAUCAAAAUUGGCCGAUCUGUCUCCCGAUGUGACUGAGUUGCAGAGCCAAUUAGCAAAGAAGCUUGCGGAGGAGAAAGUAACAAUCGCUGAAUUGGAAAAGACUCUCGCCGAAAAGCAACAACUCGAAGAAAGCCUGGAGGCCGCCUCGCUCCGGUAUAUGGUGGCCGAAAAGAAACUUGACCGGGCAAGGAGUUUGACUGUUGCCAAACUAGAGAAACAAUUUAUGAUGGGUGGGCAACGACCUAGCUCGGAGGGUGCACAGGCAAAACGCGAAGAAUCAUCCCCAGCCAAUGGUGGAACGCCAGUGGGAGAGCGCAGUACCGAGUUGGAGGAAACCAACAAUAAGCUUAGUGCGACCUCGGAGAAGCAAAAGGAACAGCUACGGAAGUUGGAGGCUGAAAAUGCGAACCUGCUUGGUCAGAUCACCGAACUUAAGACGAAGUAUUCGAAACUUACAGACGAUGAUUACGCCCAUACCGAUCUUUUCAAACAAUUGCGAUCACAGUAUGACGACGUUGUCAAGCGCAUCAACCACCUGGAGGCGACAAAUGUGCAACUUCGCGAGGAAGCUGAGAAGUAUCGUUCCGAAAGAACUGCAUACAAAUUGCAGGUGGAGGAGGAAUCUCAGAGCAUGAUUGCGGAAAAGGAAGCGCAACUAAUGAGGUCCGAGACCGACUUGGCACGGAUACGAAAUGCUCGCGACGAACUUUUGGCAGAUCAGCAAAUGAGAAAGGCUGCGCAGGAUCAGGAGAAAACCACUGGUGCGAAGUUACAGGAGCUGGCUGACGCCAGAGAAGCCCGGAUCACAGCUUUGGAGUCCGAGAUCGAGAGGUUGCGGCUACAGAUCGAGGGAUCUAAGGCGCCUGAGGAUGUGGAUGACAUGCCGCUCGACGAGCUUCGCUCGAAGUACACUAGCUUGGAACGCCAAUAUUCCAUGCUCAACACCGAGCUGACCUCCAUGCAAAAUGCGUACAAGAAGUUCUCGGCCUUGGCCUCCCAGAAGGUGACGGACUUUGGUGCCCUGGAAGAAAAGGUAGCGCGGUUGACCGCGGAGAAGUCGAAAGCAGAUCAGAAGUACUUUGCUGCUAUGAAGAGCAAGGAGGCCCGCGAUAUGGAGGUUCGCACACUUCGAAUGCAGAACUCGAAGACAUCGGAUAUUGUCUCCCAAUUGAAGGAGUCUGAGGCUGCAACAAGAUCUUUGUUGUCCAACAUGGAUAAGCAAGCCAGUGAGACGAAGGAGGCCUUGAACUCUGCUCUGGAAAAGCACCGUGCCACCCAACAGCAGUUGACCGAGAGCACCAUUGCUAUCGAGGGCUUGAAGAACCAGGUUGCUGAGUUAAAGUCACUCUCAAGCUCUAAGGACGCGACUUUGGGCAACACAUCGACUGCUCUACGUCAAGCGGAGACGGAGAUCGUAGGCUUGAAACAGUCACUCUCAGAUACCAAAAAGAGCCUGGAGAACUGGAAGAACAAGAGCCUUGGCAACAACUCCUCUGAAUAUGAGAUGCUACGGACACUCGCCUUGUGCACGGUCUGCCGCCGCAACUUUAAGAACACAGUUAUCAAAACUUGCGGUCACGUCUUCUGCAAGGACUGCGUUGAGGAGCGCCUCACCUCUCGUUCCCGCAAGUGUCCCAACUGCAACCGAUCCUUCGGAAGCAACGACCACAUGCACAUUACCCUCUGA